UAUAUAUAUAGAAAGCCUAGAAGAGUAUCAGAUUCAGAGAACUCUCAUUUUCUCCCACCUGAGCUGCCAAAAGUCCUCUGCCCAUCUCCCUGCGUUUCAGAGAGAGAUAGUCAUCAGUUAUGGAGAGAGACAUUGACGAUCUUCCGAAGAACGCCGCCAACUACACGGCGCUGACGCCACUCUGGUUCCUGGACCGGGCGGCGGCGGUGCACCCUCACCGGAAAUCGCUGGUCCACGGCUCCGUUCAGUACACGUGGCUCCACACUUACCAGCGCUGCCGCCGUCUGGCCUCCGCUCUCGCCAAACGCUCCGUCACCUUUGGAACCACGGUAGCAGUGAUAGCACCAAAUGUCCCUGCCUUAUAUGAAGCCCAUUUUGGAAUCCCAAUGACUGGGGCCGUUGUGAAUGCUGUCAAUAUCCGUUUAAAUGCCGAAACAGUUGCCUUUUUGUUAGGGCAUUCAUUGGCAUCCGUUAUAAUGGUGGACCAAGAUUAUUAUAACCUAGCAGAGGAGGCUCUAAGUAUUUUAUCAAACAACACUAAAGGGAAUUUCCCACCUCCACUAAUGAUUGUUAUUUCCGAUAUCAACUGUGAUUCAAAGCCUGUUCAAUAUGCUCUGGGGAAAGGAGCUAUAGAGUAUGAAAAGUUCCUGGAAACCGGUGACCCUGACUAUGAGUGGAAACCACCUCAGGAUGAAUGGCAUAGUAUUGCUUUAGGGUACACUUCUGGAACAACUGCUAGUCCUAAAGGAGUCGUGCUUCACCAUAGAGGAGCUUAUCUUAUGGCCCUUAGUAACGCUGUUGUGUGGAACAUGAACGAGGGAGCUGUAUACCUUUGGACUUUGCCCAUGUUCCACUGCAACGGUUGGUGUUUCCCUUGGACCCUUGCUGCUAUCUGUGGG